GUAAAUCUAGAUUUGUUAAGGAAUACUACACCAGUUUAGUCUCCUCAUCUAGCGGGCAAGGAGGAUUGAGGGAUUCAUAUCUAAAACACCAAUCUUGGUGUCAUCUCUCUGAAUCUUGCCAGUCUCAUAAUAAAUCACUUUAUAAGAUUCCUGAGAAAAAUAAUCAGAUGUUCUGACAUUGCCAUUAGCUUUAAUGUGUCCCAUUUUCUGGCCUGAUUUACACAAAGUCUUGCUGUAAUCUUGCUGAAGCAAAGAUUUCAAUGGGAAAUGGUCCUGUCAUUUCAUUACUUUACUAAUUCAGCCUUGCACUUAGCUAACAAGAAACCCAAAGUGGAAGCAUUUGUAGCACUGCUAACUAACAGGUGUCAAGAUGUCAUUGAAAGUACAGACAAGUAACAUCACAAACAAGAAUGAUCCCAAGUCCAUCAACUCCAGGGUCUUCAUUGGGAACCUCAACACAGCAGUGGUCAAGAAGUCAGAUGUAGAAACCAUCUUCUCUAAAUAUGGCAGAGUGGUGGGCUGCUCUGUGCACAAAGGCUAUGCAUUUGUACAAUAUUCAAAUGAAAGGCAUGCACGGGCUGCUGUCCUAGGGGAGAAUGGGAGAGUACUCGCCGGUCAGACUCUAGAUAUAAACAUGGCUGGAGAACCGAAGCCCAACAGACCCAAAGGACUAAAGAGAACAGCAUCUGCCUUGUACAGCAGUGGCUAUGACUUUGACUAUGAUUACUACAGAGAUGACUUCUAUGACAGACUCUUUGAGUAUCGAGGAAGAGUCUCCCCCAUACCCAGGAUGGUUCCCGUGAAGCGGCCACGAGUCACCAUACCUUUAGUGCGACGUGUCAAAGCAACUAUCCCGGUCAAGCUCUUUGCCAGAUCUGCUGCUCUUGUGAACAGCUCCGCCAAAUUAAAAUUGAAAUGCAGUGAACUGCAGACAAUUAAAACUGAGCUGACGCAGAUCAAAUCCAACAUUGAUGCUCUCUUGGGCAGAUUGGAGCAGAUUGCUGAACAACAGAAAGCACCCACAGAAGUUAGAAAAAAGGCAGAUGGAAACAAAAGUGAAAUUUCUCAGGAAGACACAUCAUCAGAAGCAGAGGCGAACACGGAAGAGCCAUUAAAUGGGGAAGAAGAAGAGGAGGAGGAGGAGGAGGAAGGCCUUGUGCAGGAUGACUGUGAUGAUGAAUUGGAGAAUAGCCAUUUCACAUAUGUGGAAGACUCCAGCCUACAGUAAUUAGGUAUAUUCUAAAACUUACAGAUUCCAUUUAUGACAUCAAAAUCACAUUGAAUUGUGUAAAAUAAUAUUUA